AUCUAAAAUCAGACAUUGCAAUUAAUCUUAAGGAUGGUAUUAUUUGCUCUAUUGUCAGUGACAGGUGAAUAUGAGGGUUUGGAACUCAUCAUGGAUAAACAAUGUUGCCUCGUAUAUAUCAACAAAAACUUCUCAACAGACAAGGAAGAAGGAGUGGCCCAACUUUGAUCAGUAGAAUCGUGUUUCGCUUCCUCACUUUCCUGCUUAACGUCUAGACUUUUGAUUUACGAGUAAUGUUAGCUUUGAGUUUCUCUUGGUCAUUUUCACAAACACCUUUCGCUCAACCUUAACCUAGGAAAUUUGGGAUAUCUUAUUUUGACGCUCUAUCAGCUUUCGAUAGACUGAAGUGUGCAUUGCUUAUUGUCAAUCAUGAUCAGAAUCAGAUUUAACUUACCCGUUUUCUCUGGUGUGCUAUCACGCAUCGGCCAUAACUCACUCGCGUUUAAUCACUGUCAUGUAGUAGAGGAGCCCGUUAUGAGUGCUAUUUUCAAUUUCUUUAACCCUUUUAAGUCUGAAACUUUCUUUGCACUACCAAAAUUUGGUUUCUCAGUUAGGCACUUUUCUGCUUCAUCUUCAACCAGAAGCCUUGGGGUGGUAACUGAUGCCCCUGCACAUGAGGACUUGAGUGAUGAUGAUAAUGAUGGGGAUGAGGAUGAGGAUGAUGGUCAUGGCAAAAAAAAAUUACAUUUAAGGGAUGAUGCUAUUGCCCAAGAUGUUAAAAUCAUUUUGGAUAUAAUGCAUGAAGUGGGUUCUGGACCAUCUGAAAUUAAGCACAAGCUUGAGCAUUGCAGUGUUGUGCUAUCAUCAGAGGUGGUUGUGGAGGUCCUUUCGAGAACUCGCAAUGAUUGGGAAUCAGCUUUCACAUUUUUCUUGUGGGCUGGCAAGCACUCUGGGUAUGUUCAUUCGGUUCGCGAGUACCAUUCUAUGAUCUGUAUCCUUGGCAAGAUGAGGAAGUUUGAUACUGCUUGGACAUUAAUUGAGGAAAUGAGAGGAGGUAGAACUGGUCCAUCUCUUGUCACUCCUCAAACCCUGUUGAUUAUGAUCAGGAGAUACUGUGCUGUACAUGAUGUUGCAAGAGCUAUCAAUACUUUCUACGCUUAUAAACGAUUUAACUUUCAUGUUGGGCUAGAGGAAUUUCAAAGCCUUCUUUCUGCCCUUUGUCGGUAUAAGAAUGUGCAAGAUGCUGAACACUUACUGUUCUGCAACAAGAAUGUAUUCCCACUUGACAUCAAAAGCUUUAACAUCAUUCUGAAUGGAUGGUGUAAUCUGAUUGUUAGUGUUUCUCAGGCAGAAAGAAUAUGGCAGGAGAUGAGCAAGAGAGGGAUCCAACACGAUGUUGUCUCCUAUGCAAGUAUCAUAUCUUGCUAUUCAAAAUCUUCUAGACUUUAUAAGGUGCUUAGGAUGUUUGAUGAGAUGAAGAAAAAGAAGAUCACUCCAGAUAGGAAGGUUUAUAAUGCAGUCAUUUUUGCUCUUGCAAAGGGUAGGCUUGUGAAAGAAGCUGCCAAUAUCAUUGCAACAAUGGAAGAGAACAAUGUAACUCCAGAUGUUGUUACUUACAACUCCCUGAUCAAGCCUCUCUGCAAGGCCCACAAAGUUGAUGAAGCAAAACAACUUUUUGAUGAGAUGCUGGAGCGGCGCCUAUCCCCGACAAUUCAAACUUUUCAUGCUUUCUUCCGUAUGUUAAGGACCAAGGAAGAAGUAUUUGAGCUCUUGGACAAGAUGAAAGAGCUGGGAUGCUACCCAACCAUUGAGACUUAUAUAAUGUUGAUAAGAAAGUUUUGCCGCUGGCGCCAGCUUGAUGAUGUAUUCAAGAUAUGGGAUGCAAUGAGAGAAGAUGGCAUCAGCCAUGAUCGAAGUUCUUAUAUAGUACUGAUUCAUGGGCUGUUUCUCAAUGGAAAGUUGGAGCAAGCAUACAGAUAUUAUGCAGAGAUGGAAGAGAAAGGCUUCCUUCCUGAACCAAAGACUGAAGAAAUGCUUCAGGCAUGGGUUUCUAGGAAACCGGCAAUAGAGGGCCAGGAGACAGAUUUAGAACCUAAUCAACUGGAAAAUGAUACUCUUAAAAAGAAAGUGAAGGCCGUACCAAGUAAAUUUGACAGGGAAAAAGCUUAUCUUCAGGAACCUGAGACCAGAAGAGUAACAAGAGAACGGGGUUUUUCUUUUUGGGAGCAGUAAAUCCUUAUUUGACAAGAGUUUCAAUGACACUAGUACUUUAUCUAUGAAGAUGAUGCUUGUUGGCCAGCAUACCUUUUAAAUUUGAAUGUAUAUAAGUGGAUGGCAUGCUCUAUUCUUGGUUUAUAACCAGACUUCAACUUACUAAUCACGAGAGCUACAAGGUUUGUGCAAUUCAUAACAACCCAAGUUUGCUAGUUGUCAGAUUAUAGUGAUCUAAACGUCAUUGCUCCUUUACUAGCAGUUAACCUGUGUGAAUGUUGAAAUACUAGAGCUGAACUCAGGUACUUGUGUGUUUCCUCACGAGUUCGGUAUAAAUUCCGCAACUGGAGCUAGAAACUCAAGCCAUUGCUGUGAUCCCUUUGAUUGCAGAGAAAAAUUUGAAUUGAUAGUUGCUUGCAAUGCAGGGUCAUAUUAUUGUAGAAUCGACUGUGGAAGUAAAAUUAAACACAAGAAGUUAACAUGCGUUGACUGAAGAAAUUCAUUACAACCUAUGAAGCUGCAUGAAAAUCUGACUAUGCACCUUGACUCCUUGAGUUGGGCUUCCAUUAGUUUUUUUAUGCUGCAGGGCCUAAUGGAGCAUCUUUUAUUUUCAUGUAUUUGGUUCUGGCUUCUAGGACAUAAGAUCUAGUAUGUCCUCUGGCUUUUGGUCUUUGGGUUGUUAGAGUCCUUGCAAACAUGCUAUUUUCCCAAGGGCCAUAAGUCAAGUAGCAUCGAGAGUCGAGACUAUUUGAUCUGACUCAGGCUUCUUUGCUUGACUUUAACCUAUCCUGCACCCCAACACCAGGUCUUAAAAGGGUGUCAUGAUUGUCAAUCGGUUAGAUGGAGAUAACUGAUAGAAUAAAACACCAUGGAGAUUAAACCGGGUUUGAGUGCGUACGCUCAGAAUCCGAAAGAGGCAGCGGAAUCUUUGGUUUCGCUUUUGGAUAAAGCGGAGAGUGUUGUUCCUCGUGAAUUGCGAUCCAAGACACCGGUUCGAGUUGGGGCAACUGCGGGUUUGAGGGCUUUGGAAGGGGAUACCUCGGAUAGGAUCUUGCAAGCGGUAAGGGAUUUGCUUAAGGACAGGAGUAGCCUGAAAUCCGACGUUGAUGCUGUUACAGUGCUGGAUGGAACUCAAGAAGGUGCUUAUCAAUGGGUAUGGUAUACGAACUUAAUGGCUAUUGCUCCGGUGCCCUUUUAUUUGAAGGGGUUUUGGUGCCCCUUGUCUGUAAACCAAUGACAGGUUGACAUGUGGUCUUAAUGAGGUGAGUCACCUUGUGAGCUGGAAAGGUGUGACUUUAAAGUUAAAUAAUUCGUAAAGGGCAAUAAGGUUAUUUCACCGAAGGCUAUCAAUAUAAAAUUGCCCCUUCUCUAUUCAGGGGUUCGUAUUGUGAAUUUUACCCCGUUAUUGAACCCUAAAAUUGCCGUUUUCCGUGGAGCUCGU